AUGGAAAGCGAACUUCUCAUCGUCUGGCAGGUCGUAAACGAGCUGAGCGAGCAAUUAGCUCACAACCAAAAACUUGCAAAUUCUCUACAAUCCCAGGCUGGACUUCUGAAGGAACAAGCAACUCAAGCUACAGCAGGCUUCGCCUUGCGUCGUGUCAAUGCGGAUAUCUCGAAAGAAACCUUCGAAUCCGAACUCGAGAGGCUAAAUGCCCAAAUAAUCAUCGAAAACCAAACACUCCUCCAUGAAAAUAAGCAGCUGAGUCUUCUUUUGAAGGAGCAUGAGGCCACAAUGGACACGAUCAUGUCAAAGUUCCGCAAUCACGCACUCGCCGCUCAACAACAUGAACUGACGCUCACAAGACACUACGAGACAUUGCUUUCAUCCCGUGAAAAUCAAAAUCAUUCUUUGGACCUCACAACAAACCCCAAUAUGUACUUAUCGCUCCAACGAUUAGCUCACUACCUUCGUGGUCUCUUGAAGACCAUGGCUGGGGAGGACGCCGAUACGCACCAAAAUGUCGACCCGGACUUCGAUGGCUCUGGGUUUGGGGGGAUAGAUCUCGAAGAACUAUCGAAUCUACUUGACACAUUGGAAGAGAAACGCGCUGGCGGCUACGGCAGCCUUGAAGGUCGGCAGGACUGGGCGCUGGAACGUGAAUGCGAAAUUGCACGGCUAGAGAAGGAGAACAAGGAGUUGCGAAGAAUGCUGGGGAUUGAUGAGAAGACUAUGGCUGAGAAGGGGAUAACGCUGGACGCCGAGCGAAUAGAAAGUGGGCGCUACUCAGCAUUCCUCUCAAAUUCUUCGCGCAGAAGUCACAUACCUGAACAAUUCAGCGCUCGACCAUCUUACUGGGACAAUAGUGGGCAACCACCGACACCUUCACUUCAAAGACCAAUGGACCUACAGCCCGGCAUGAGAGUAGGCCCACAGGCAAGGAGACCGGGGAUAUUUGGCGGACAACUGACUGCGCCACGGGGUGCUUUCAUGGGUGGUCAAGGUCGAGGCAUGACGAUUGGCGUUGGCACACCAGGUGCUCAUGGUGCUCCAGUCUGGACAAAUCAACCUCCUUCGCCAGCCCCGUCACACAACGAGCGUCAAUGGCACCUACAAGGGGGAUCCUCUGGUUUGGAUUUGAAUCGGUAA